AUGUGCACAACCCAGGGUGCAGGAGAUCCGGACUCUUCUGGAGUGGAAGCUGCGGCUCUCAAAGCAACCGGUUUCCCGGCACCGGCACCUGGUCAUUCGUCAUCCUCGAGCGAUCGUGGAACCCCUCUGUGAUUGCAUAAUGUGGCACUCUUCAAUGCUCUAGUAUCUUUUCUUGCGUCAGCUUGCUUGCUCGUAGGGAUAAUGAAGCGGAGACUGAAUGCUGCUAGUGCAGCAACUAAAGAGCCAAUUGAUAAGUCUAGUUAUUCCAAAAGGGAACCGAUUUCCUCAACCUCUGAUGUUCGAAUUUUCGCAAUUUGUUUGAUUUUUCGAGCAGUCAAUUCAUUGUUAGUGCAAACAUAUUUCAAUCCAGAUGAGCAUUGGCAGGCCCUAGAAGUUGCUCACCGAAUUAUAUUUGGAUAUGGCCACUUAACCUGGGAAUGGGAGAAAGGGAUCCGUAGCUACCUGCAUCCUUUGGUGUUUGCUUUUCUCUAUAAAAUUCUUGCUUUUCUUCAUCUUGAUACUCCCUGGUUCAUGAUGAGGGCUCCACGACUCUUACAGUCUGUCUUUGCCUCAGUUGGUGAUGUCUACUUGUACAAACUCUCUCAUGUCAUCUUUGGUUACUCUGUUGCACAGUGGACUCUCUUCUCUCAGUUCACAAAUUGGUUCAUGUUUUUCUGUUUCACUCGGACUUUAUCAAACAGCCUGGAGACAGUUCUCACCCUUGUGGGUCUCUACCACUGGCCCUUUGUUAAAGGUUCUGGCCAUGUUUCUGUAGCUUCAAGAAGGUGGGGUUUGUUUGUAGCAGCACUAGCAUGUGCUAUUCGACCAACGAGUGCUAUCACAUGGUUUUAUGUGGGCCUUUUGGAGUUGUUUGAAACACAUGGUAGAUUGAGAUUCAUAUUUCUCGAGCUAGUGCCUGUUGGAAUUGUGGUGCUUGCUUUCACAUGUUUAUUGGAUCGGUUGAUGUAUGGGUCAUGGAUCUUGGUUCCACUUAAUUUUCUUAAGUUCAAUUUUCUCUCUUCUGGUGGAGACUAUUAUGGAACACAUAAGUGGCACUGGUACUUUACUCAGGGGUUUCCUGUCAUGCUUUUUACUUUCUUGCCAUUCUCCUUAGUUGGCAUCUUUAAGUCUAAGCAAUGGAAGCUUUUUGGCCUGAUUGUAUGGGUCUUGGGACUUUACAGUCUGCUUGGUCACAAAGAGUUCAGGUUUGUCUUGCCUGUGCUCCCAAUAGCUUUGAUGUUCUCUGGAUAUUCUUUAGCAGCAAUGAGAAUUCCUAUUUCUUCAGAUGGAAAAAGUAAAAGAUCACUUCACCACACUAGAUGCCAUAAACGAAUGCAAUUGGCUGUACUUUUCCUCCUUGUGACCAAUCUUCCAAUGGCCUUGUAUAUGUCUCUGGUUCAUCAGAGAGGAAGUGAAGAUGUUAUGAACUUUUUAGCCAAAGAGGCCCUUGAUGAGAAUGUGAAGAGUAUCCUUUUCUUAACGCCUUGUCAUGCUAUGCCUUACUAUUCUACUUUGCAUAGCAACCUUCCUAUGCGGUUUUUAGAUUGCACUCCAAGUGAUGAAAAGGGUAUUCCAGAUGAGUCGGACCUUUUUAUGAUGGACCCAGUUGGGUUUGUAUCAAAUAUGGCGAAGAAUUGGUCUUUGCCUAGUCAUAUAGUAUUGUUUGACUCCCAGGAGAGAUUACUGGAGGAAUUUCUGACCUCACAUUCUUUUAGAGAGAUGAAGAGGUUUUUCCAUGCACACUUCAAGGUGGACCGGGAUCUCCAAUCAUCUAUUGUUGUAUAUGCCUUGUCUCAGUGAUGAAAGUUCUAUAGCAUUCAAAUGAGUUAAGUCAUUGGAACCCAUUUAAUUGGCAUAAGAGUUUUUUUUUUUUUUUCUCAAAUUUUAUAAUGUUGUUAUUUAUUUGAGUUGGUUUUGACCCUGAAGCCACUGCAGGAGAUUCAUUCUUUUGACAUGUAACAAAAUCAUGAUUUUAGUGCCUACUAUCUCUUGGUGUUUAUUUCAUUCCAGUGUAUGGUUUUACUAGAGGGUGUUUGAUAUGUCUGUGUUUCAAGAACAUUUUGUUGCCUCAGCUUGCCUCAUUAGCAUUUAUGCAGAAUUGGGAAUGAAAUAUCUUUGGUAAUUCUGCUUCAUGCAAAAAUGGUGGUGAAAUGGCAUGCCUAGAAUUUUGGGCAGGGGGGUAGAUUCUUGAGUCACCUUUUUGAUAUUUCUCAAUUUGGGGGUGGUGUUGUAGCAAAUACUAGCAAUGCACCCUCUGACGUGAACAUUAAAAGUGAACCAGAACACUUCUCAUGUAACAUCCUUUUUUCUUUUGAGGACAAGAUAACCUCAAACAAGGAGAGACAUGACAUGCCACCCCCAAAAUUGGGGGUAGGAUUAGAUAAAAAACUGAAAGUAUCAUACUCAUAUGUUACUUGUUGCCAAAAAGUAUUUUAAUAAUAAAAAUAAAGCAAUUUAAACAACCUAAUCAGUAUCAUACUCAAAGUAUCAUUCUGUUUUCUUUUGUGGGUUGUUGCAUUUUUUGAUAGUAAACAAAAAAGUUUUAUUAAAAACAAAAAGAUGAUUACGAUCACUUGGGUGUUGAGGAAGCACUGGGGAAGAAAAAUCAAGUUUUGUAAUUCAAGUACAUCCCAAAAAUUAGCCCCUAAAUUUGAAUGACAAACUUGUGCAGAUUCAGGUAGUAUAAGCACCCAAUCUGCAACACACUUUCCAAUGGCUGCCACAAUCUUCUCAAUCUUCCAUAGCUUGUCUUCAAACACUCUUCUGUUUCUUUCUCUCCAGAUGGACCAACAUACAGCAAAUGGAAUACAGCUACACCACCUUAGCUUUCUUGCUUCCUCUAAGUGGUGGCCACUUAGAAACAGAUUUCAGCCAAGGACCUUGGCUGAAAGACUUGCAUAUUGAAGAGUGCUGAGUAAAACUUCCAGCAAAAGCCAUAAAUUCUACAAGAGAAGAACAAAUGAAAUAUUGUUUCAUUGUCCUCUUUGCACAUAAAACAUACAUUUUCCAGGCUGAGCCCUCGGAUUUUUAGGUGAUCUGCAGUUAAAACACUAUCCAUAGCCACCAGCCACGCAAAGGCUUCUUCUACCCUUGGAGGGACCAGAUUACCCCACACACCUUCACAACUGUUUGCAUCCACCUGGACCCUUAACAAAGCUGAAUAAAAGGAUUUCACAGUAAACCUCCCAUUCUUUCAUUCCUUCCAUCACAACUCGCCCUUUGAAGAACUUGACACCUUUGAAUUUUCCAGCACUUCCAAGUUCCAAUAACACACUCCUCCCCCUACCUAUCCAAAAGAGCAUACUGAAUUUAGGACUCCAGGUCAUUUUUUUUUUUGGAUCAAUACUCCAGAUCAAUCAAUUUAUCCCCACUCAUCUCAUAGAAUGGGCUGAUAGUGGUCUCGAUCGUGGAGGAAGGGAUUCAAAAAAUCUGAGUCUGAUGCUUCAUUGGGAGAAUUGAAAAAAAAUCAAGAGCCUCAAACAAAACCCAUUUAGUGCAUGUUACAAAAGUUUUUUCACUUCUGAAAGAUGGCCUUGUGGGGGCUGGCCCGACUAACAAAAUUGAAAAGAUGUACAAAAGGAAAGGGAUCAAAUCUAGAGGUCCAAAUGGCUCUAGAUUUUUGCCUCCAGAUCACCUCUUCCCUCUGAAUUAUUCUUUCCAAAUCACUCCCUAGACUCUCUUUCCACCUUGGCAGCCAAGGACAAAUUAUCUUCGUCCUCCAAAGUUCAACCUGUCCAGCUGUGCCAAUUUUUCUAGCACAUCCUUCUUCCUGCUAUCCAAGUUUCUAAACACCUCCUUAUUCCAUCCCUUGAUUUUCUCCUUAAGCAUCUAUAAUUUUUUAAUUAAUAUGAACCCCACUUAAUUGAAAAGGUCUAGCACCAACUCGCAAAAGUUUGGAUGAUCUAACCACAUGUUCUCGAAUUGAAAAGGUCUAGCACCUGCCACCUCUACAAACCUCUGCAGAAAUAUGUGUUUAUGGUCUGAAAGGAAGAAAAGGUAGAGCCUCCUGAACUACAUCACCAAACUUCUUCCACCCAGUCUGCUAAAAACAAGAAUCUAUCCAACCUUCUUAGUAUUGCCGGAUGCUGUCCAUUUGUCCAGGUGAACCUUCCACCAUUUAAAGGUGGAUCAACAAGCCCAAGUGAAGUGAUGAAAUUCCCAAACCUCCUCUUCCCCACACCAACGCUUCUCUCCCUCCCCCCUUUCAUCUCAUUCAACCUUCUUACAACAUUAAAAUCCCCUCUCAAAAAAGAAAAAAAAAACGAACCAAGGAUCCCCCAUGUCUGUCUAAUUUCCUCUAGCUCCUCCCAGAAAUCCCUCCUCCCUUCUUCUUUCGGCUUAUAGACAUUUUUUUGAUCAAUAAGAUAAUAUUUUAUUAGUUAUUGAUAAAAAAAGAUAAUAUUUUAUUAGAGCCAAAUAAGAAAGUUACAACAGGGUGAGGAGGUUUUUCUCCCAAAAUACAGUUUUACAGUUUUGCCCAAAACAUUUGAUGUCAUAGCCCCUUGUUUAGCUAGAGUAUCCACCAUCCCAUUUGCUGUUUUUCUCACCCAUUUGAAAAUAACAUUCAACUCCCUUGCAAUGCUCUCAAUCUCCCUAAAUGUAUGCCUAUAGAUCCAAGGGAUUUGGGUGCUACAUCUUGUCUAGGAGAUGACCACCUGAGAGUCCCCUUCCACUUCCAAAUUAAGGAAUCCAAAACGCUUGGCAAAUUUGAGUCCAUGUAGAAGUCCAAAUAGUUCUGCUGUCAGUGCAUCCCUAUUUUCUGAGGCCCUGAAUACAUAGCUAACACCUUUCCUCCUGAGUCCCUAAAGACACCUCCUAACCCAGCCUCAUCUUGGUUACCAAGAAGAAUUUAAAAUGACAAUCUGUACCCCUCAUUUGUUAAGUGUUGGUUUCUUCAUGCUUGAUAUCUUCCUUUUCAUGCUUGGUCUCUGUACUUGGUGACUUUCUGAUCUCUGUAUCUUCAUGGUUUGAACUUUCCGACCUGAGUUGCUUCAUCCAUCUCUUUUUUAUCAGUUUUUGUACCUGAAUGUCUACAGGAAAUAAUCUUUUGAGUCCAAGCAGGGUAGAUUCCUAAGAGUGAUUAGCCAGAUGUGCUAUAAGUAAUUAAGAGUUGCUAAUGACACUUGUCUUUUUGUGUCCCCAGUUCCAGAUGCAUAUUAUUUCCUUUCACAUUUCUAUUGGCCUCAUAUAUAAUAGUUUUCGAGCUUCCUGGAAUUGACUGUUGAUGCAAACCUUAAUUCCCUAGAGUAAUUCUUUCUUUUUUCUUUUAAGUUUCCUUUUAUCAGUUUUUUCUAUUACAUAAAUUGUUAAUUGAUUAUUUAUAAGAUAAAACUUUUGUUCCGUAAUUAUAAUUGAGAUCAUUUUUUUUUUAAAUUUCCCUGUAGUUAGUUGGGUAAAGAACUGAUUACUGCUGCUUAGUUUUUGAAUUUAUGUUUUGGUUAAUACUGUAACAUGCUUGUUGUUCCUUAGUUUUCAUUUCAUUGCAAAUGGCUUUUUGAUAUGAUCUCAAUUUGUUAAGAUGGACUGCUCUUUGUAAGUCUCUUAUUAUUUUUGUUCAUGGCUCUCAAAGCUGUCCUGAAAUAUUCAAUGGGUAGAACCUACCUCCCGAGUCCUGAUUGAAUGUGCACCUUGGAUUUUCAUUAAUAUGUUACCAUGGCUGAAGUACUGCACCCCAUUGAGAGGAUGAAGGAACCCAGUGUUGAGUAGAUUGGGAUUGUCAUUACUUUUGUAUUCGAGAAGAUGUACAUCUGGGUUCAUAGUCAGAGGGUGAAAUAACCAUUUAAGUAUUUAAUACAAAAGUUUAUAGAAGAAAGGAGACAAGUUCAAUUUUGCUGUACUUCCAUUGAGGCCAUUGUUCUUUCUACUUAAUAGUGAGGAUAACUGUAGAAGAAAGGAAAGCUUUAAUUGUUAUGCAACUGGUGAAUUAUUGUGACC